AUGGCUGGCCUGCCACACAUCCCAGGCCCUGAGCACCUCCGCCCGUUCACCCCUGAGUCGCUCACCGUCAUCGAACAGCGCAUUGCUGAGGCAGAGGCACUCAAGAUAAAACGGCAGCAUGUGGAGCUGCCCGAGGAAGAGGAGCUCAAGCCCAGCAGUGACCUGGAAGCCGGGAAAAACCUGCCACUCAUCUAUGGUGAUCCCCCACUGGAGCUCAUUGGUACACCUCUGGAGGACUUGGACCCUUUCUACAAGGAUAAGAAGACAUUUAUAGUCCUCAACAAGGGCAAGUCCAUCUUCCGGUUCUCAGCAACCCCUGCCCUCUACUUGCUGGGACCCUUCAACCCCAUCCGGAGAGGAGCCAUCAAAGUGCUUAUACAUUCAUUAUUCAGCAUGUUCAUCAUGAUCACAAUUUUAACCAACUGUGUGUUUAUGACAAUGAGCAACCCCCCAGCGUGGUCCAAAAAUGUGGAAUACACCUUCACUGGUAUAUACACCUUUGAGUCCCUCAUCAAGAUACUGUCAAGAGGCUUCUGCAUUGACGAUUUUACAUUCCUGCGCGACCCGUGGAAUUGGCUGGACUUCAUGGUCAUCUCCAUGGCCUACAUCACGGAGUUCGUGGACCUGGGCAACAUCUCAGCUCUCAGGACGUUUCGUGUCCUCCGUGCCCUGAAAACUAUCACAGUAAUUCCAGGGCUGAAGACAAUUGUUGGGGCACUGAUCCAGUCGGUGAAGAAGCUCUCAGACGUCAUGAUCCUUACAGUCUUCUGCCUGAGUGUAUUUGCCCUAAUUGGUCUCCAGCUGUUCAUGGGAAACCUCCGGAAUAAGUGUUUGCGAUGGCCCCCCCCAAUCAAUGACACCCUGCCAGGGGACUUCACGGAGCUGGGCAAUGACACAUGGGCCAAUGCAACGCUCUACAGCAACCUUACCACCAACAGCACCUUUGAUUUUGAGGCCUACCUCAAUGAUGAAGCAAAUUUCUACUUUCUGGAGGGAGCGCUCGAUGCCCUGCUCUGCGGUAACAGCAGUGAUGCCGGGAAGUGUCCUGAAGGAUACGAGUGCAUUAAAGCGGGGAGGAACCCAAACUAUGGCUACACCAGUUACGACACCUUCAGCUGGGCUUUCCUUUCUCUCUUCCGCCUCAUGACACAAGACUUCUGGGAGAACCUCUUCCAGCUGACGCUGCGUGCAGCAGGGAAAACAUACAUGAUCUUCUUUGUAGUAGUUAUAUUUCUUGGUUCCUUCUACCUCAUUAACCUCAUCCUUGCGGUGGUGGCUAUGGCCUAUGCAGAACAAAAUGAUGCUACAAUGCUGGAAGCACAGCAGAAAGAGGAAGAAUUUCAGCAGCUCAUGGAACAGCUGAAAAAACAUCAGGAGGAGCAAGAGAAACAGUUGCAGAACAGGCAGUCCAGCAGCAGUUCCCUGUGCAGCAGCAUGGCAGUGAAGAAAAGCGACUCUGACCAAGGCCUGAAUAGCAACCAGGACAAGGCCAAGGACUGCAAUGGGCAAGUGGUCCCCAAGGCCAUGCUACAGCGAUCUGCUAUGGUGGUUGAUUUCAAUCCUGCCAAUGAAGCAGAGAAAUCAGACCACAACCACCUCCCUGUGGGCAGCCAAGAUGGGCCAGGCCUUGAGAAGAGAGUGGGAAGUGCAGUCAGCGUCAUCUCCAAUGCUGUGGAAGAGCUGGAGGAAGCUCACCAGAAGUGCCCACCUUGGUGGUACAAAUUUGCCCACACAUUCCUGGUCUGGAACUGCUGCCCUUUGUGGCUGAAGCUGAAGGAGUUUGUCAAUCUGGUGGUGAUGGAUCCCUUUGUGGACUUGGGCAUCACCAUCUGCAUCGUGCUCAACACACUCUUCAUGGCCAUGGAGCACUACCCCAUGACAGAGGAGUUUGAGAACGUGCUGACCGUGGGGAACCUGGUCUUUACAGGGAUCUUCACAGCAGAGAUGGUCCUGAAGCUCAUUGCCCUGGACCCCUACAAGUACUUCCAGCAAGGCUGGAACAUCUUUGACAGCAUCAUCGUCACGCUGAGCCUGGUGGAGCUGGGCCUGGCAAACGUGCAGGGGCUUUCUGUGCUCCGCUCUUUCCGCCUGCUGAGGGUUUUCAAGCUCGCCAAGUCCUGGCCCACUCUGAACAUGCUCAUCAAGAUCAUUGGCAACUCGGUGGGUGCCCUGGGGAACCUCACGCUGGUGCUGGCCAUCAUCGUCUUCAUCUUUGCCGUGGUGGGGAUGCAGCUCUUUGGGAAGAGCUACAUGGAGUGCGUGUGCAAGAUCUCCCUCGACUGCACGCUGCCCCGCUGGCACAUGCAUGACUUCUUCCACUCCUUCCUCAUUGUCUUCCGCAUCCUCUGUGGGGAGUGGAUUGAGACCAUGUGGGACUGCAUGGAGGUGGCUGGCCAGACCAUGUGCCUCAUUGUCUUCAUGAUGGUCAUGGUCAUCGGGAACCUCGUGGUCCUGAACCUGUUCUUAGCUUUGCUGCUGAGCUCCUUCAGUGCCGAUAGCCUGGCGGCUUCUGAUGAUGAUGGAGAGAUGAACAAUUUGCAGAUUGCUAUUGGCAGAAUUACCAGAGGCAUCGACUUUGUAAAGACCUCUGUCCUCACGCUACUCCGCAGGCUGUGGAAAGGGAAGAAGGCCCCAGAGGAAGAGCAAGAACAUAAUAAGAUGGACAACUCUGUGCUAAACCACAUGGACACUGGCCAGGAGCCCAAGUCGGAGUACAUGGAUGGAGUCAACGUGAAAGAACAUUUAUUCAUGGAUGAACUGGACCACAUGAAUUUCAUUAACAACCCCAACCUGACCAUCCAUGUCCCUAUUGCCUCCGAGGAGUCUGAUCUCUACGAGGAAGAGACGAGCACCCAGUCCGAGACUGAAGAUGCCAAGAAUCCCCUGUCAAGCGACAGUGCAUCAUCCCUGUGCAGCACCAUAGACUACAAGCCCCCAUUGCCAGUGGAGGAGGAGGUAGCAGAAGAGGCUGAGGGCAGCAACGAGCCUGAGGAGUGCUUCACCGAAGCAUGCGUGAAGCGGUGUCCCUGUCUCUACGUCGACAUCACCACCGAGAAAGGGAAGAGAUGGUGGAACCUCCGGAAAACAUGCUUCCUGAUCGUAGAGCAUGACUGGUUUGAGACCUUCAUCGUCUUCAUGAUCCUCCUCAGCAGUGGGGCACUGGCUUUUGAAGACAUCCACAUUGAACAACGGAGGGCGAUACGCACCAUCCUGGAGUACGCUGAUAAGGUCUUCUCAUACAUCUUCGUCAUCGAGAUGUUGCUCAAGUGGGUGGCCUACGGCUUCAAGGUGUACUUCACCAAUGCAUGGUGCUGGCUUGAUUUCCUCAUAGUUGAUGUUUCCAUUAUCAGCCUGACAGCGAACUGGAUGGGAUACUCCGAGCUGGGAGCCAUCAAGUCUCUGCGGACAUUGAGGGCUCUGAGACCACUGCGAGCCCUCUCCAGAUUUGAAGGCAUGAGGGUGGUAGUGAAUGCCUUGCUGGGCGCCAUCCCCUCCAUCAUGAAUGUCCUCCUGGUCUGCCUCAUCUUUUGGCUGAUAUUCAGCAUCAUGGGGGUGAACCUCUUUGCUGGGAAGUACUACCGAUGUGUCAACACCACCACAGGCGAGCUCUUUGACAUCAGUGUGGUGAACAACAAAAGUGACUGCCUGGCCCUCCUCCACACCAAUGAGGUCAGAUGGGUCAACGUCAAGGUCAACUUUGACAACGUUGGCUUGGGAUACCUGUCCUUGCUACAGGUGGCGACCUUCAAAGGCUGGAUGGACAUCAUGUAUGCAGCUGUGGACUCACGUGAGAUUGAAGAGCAGCCAAUGUAUGAGAUCAACCUCUACAUGUACAUCUACUUCGUCAUCUUCAUCAUCUUUGGUGCCUUCUUCACCUUGAACCUCUUCAUCGGUGUCAUUAUCGACAACUUCAAUCAGCAGAAGAAAAAGUUUGGAGGGAAAGACAUCUUCAUGACAGAAGAGCAGAAGAAAUAUUAUAAUGCUAUGAAGAAGCUUGGAUCCAAGAAACCCCAGAAGCCCAUCCCCAGGCCUGCGAACAAAUUUCAAGGGAUGGUGUUUGACUUUGUUACCAAGCAAGUAUUUGACAUAACCAUCAUGAUCCUGAUUUGUCUUAACAUGGUAACCAUGAUGGUCGAAACAGAUGAUCAAAGUCAAUUCAAAACAGAUGUCCUCUACAAGGUUAACCUGGUCUUCAUUGUUAUCUUCACUGGGGAGUGUGUGCUCAAAAUGUUUGCCUUGCGCUAUUACUACUUCACUAUCGGUUGGAACAUCUUUGACUUUGUGGUGGUCAUCCUCUCCAUUGUAGGUAUUGUCCUCUCAGACAUCAUAGAGAAAUACUUUGUAUCACCCACCCUCUUCAGGGUCAUCAGGCUGGCGAGGAUUGGCCGUGUCCUCCGGCUAAUUCGAGGGGCAAAAGGCAUCCGAACUCUCUUGUUUGCUCUGAUGAUGUCCCUGCCUGCUCUGUUCAACAUUGGCCUCCUGCUUUUCCUUGUGAUGUUCAUCUACUCCAUCUUUGGGAUGUCCAACUUUGCCUAUGUAAAGAAGGAGGCAGGGAUUGAUGACAUCUUCAACUUUGAAACUUUUGGGAACAGCAUCAUCUGCCUGUUCCAGAUCACCACGUCAGCUGGAUGGGAUGGUCUCCUCAGCCCGAUCCUGAACAGUGGCCCCCCCGACUGUGACCCAGACCUGGAAAACCCUGGCAGUUCAGUAAAAGGGGACUGCGGCAAUCCCUCCAUUGGCAUCUUCUUUUUCUGCAGCUACAUCAUCAUUUCCUUUCUCAUUGUGGUGAACAUGUAUAUUGCCAUCAUCCUGGAGAACUUCAACGUGGCCACAGAGGAGAGCAGCGAGCCCCUCUGUGAAGAUGAUUUUGAAAUGUUCUAUGAAACUUGGGAGAAGUUUGACCCAGAUGCCACCCAGUUCAUUGAGUACAGCACCUUGUCUGACUUUGUAGAUACCUUACAGGAACCGCUCAAAAUUCCCAAGCCAAACAAGAUUAAACUAAUCACUAUGGAUCUACCCAUGGUUGCUGGGGACAAAAUCCACUGUCUGGAUAUCCUCUUUGCCCUGACAAAGGAAGUGCUGGGAGACUCAGGAGAGAUGGAUGCCUUGAAGGCCACCAUGGAAGAGAAGUUUAUGGCUGCAAACCCUUCGAAGGUUUCCUAUGAACCCAUCACUACCACUCUGAAAAGGAAACAUGAGGAAGUAUGCGCCACAAAAAUUCAAAGAGCUUUCCGAAGGUACCUCCUGAGGCGCUCAGUGAAGCAGGCCUCCUACAUGUACAGGCACAGUAAAGAUGAGGAUGCCCUGAAAGAGGAAGCACCCGAGAAAGAAGGCCUAAUUGCAACCAAAAUGAAUGAGAUGUAUGGGAACAGUGGGUUGGAUGCAGAGACAGCCCCUGCCAUUAAUCUUGCACCCGUUCCAAGCUCAGAGACUGAACAUGCUCCUGGUGAAGCAAAGAAAGAGGAGGAGGAACAUGUUGUGAAAGAGUCAUUGGUAUAA